AUGUGGAGCGCGAAGCUCCGUCCUUCCUCGCUGCGAGGUGUUUCGAUGCGCCUGCCACUAUCGACCCUCCGCUGGAGAAGCACUCACCGUGGUCCGCGCAACAGUAUAAUCCGGCCGGGGCGGAUCCCUCAACCUCGCAAGCCGACAGAGAUACCAUCACAAGAAGAGGCUACUACUUCCGAAUCCCAAGAUGCGUACAAUUCCAACUACGACCCCUCGCAGAACACCCUUCUCUCCCCUGUCUAUCUCCCCGAGGACCCGAAUGGUGUGCUCAAAGAGAUCCACCCGGCGGCAAAUCUGCUGGCAAAUUCUGGUCUGGUUGUGCAGCGCCAACUGGAAAUGAUGAAUAUUAUGAUUGGCUUCGAACAAGCGAAUAAAUAUGUCAUUAUGGAUGCACAGGGAAACCAUAUUGGAUAUAUGGCGGAGCAAGAGAAGGGUAUGGGAAAUGCUAUGGCGCGUCAAUGGUUCCGCACUCACCGGAGCUUUGUGACCCAUGUGUUUGAUCGACAUGAGAAUGAGGUGUUGCGGUUUAAUCGUCCCUUCUCAUGGAUCAACUCUCGGAUUCAAGUCUACGAUCCUCUCGACACCAACGCCAACUCUUCCACCUCCCACACCUCCCUUCAAACUACGGCUCAGGAUGCCCUAGUCCAGGCUGGAGUGUCAUCCAAUGCGCGUGUAUCUCCACUUGGCUUUGAUCAAAUGCGAGUUAUCGGCGAAGCCCAGCAGCAAUGGGCACCUUUGCGGCGGAAAUAUAACCUUUUCACGUAUCACCGAUCGCCAAAUUCCGCGGCAGACAUGAGUACCCAGAGAUUUCCUCUCGCUGAAUCCGGUCUUUCUAAACAACAAAACAUGCAAUUAGCGCAGAUGUCCGACCAUGGCCAAGGUGAAUUCAACCAAUUUGCCUAUGUCAAUGAGCCUUUCCUGUCUUGGGACUUCUCUCUACUCUCAGCAGAAAAUCGAAAGAUUGGUUCGGUAAACCGCGACUUCGCUGGGUUUGCACGCGAGAUUUUCACAGAUACUGGUGUCUAUGCAUUACGAAUGGACUCCGCGGGACUGGGCACUGAAGCAUCGACAAACCAGAGCAAUACAACUAUGGGUAUGACUCUCGACCAACGAGCUGUGAUGCUUGCUACCGCUGUCAGCAUUGAUUUCGACUACUUCAGCCGUCACAGUGGGGCUGGUGGAUUUGGCUUCAUGCCCCUCUGGUUCCCUGGGGUCGGCGGAGAGGCGGCGGCUGGAGGAGCGGCCGCGGGUGAGGCUGCUGGAGCUGCUGGCGGAGCUGCUGCUGGCGGAGCUGCUGCCGGCGGCACCGCUGCCGGUGAAGCUGGAGCACUUGGUGAGGUUGCCGCUGGUACCCUCGGGCGAGCAGGCGCUGCUGGCGGCAUGGCAGAUGGCAUGGCAGCCGGUGCUGCAGGCGCAGGUGCUAUGGCUGGAUAUGAGGCGAUGCAGAGGGGUAUGUCGGGCAGUCAUGGCUCUGAAGAACCCGCACCUGAACAGUCACCACUGCCACCAUCCGAUCCGCAAUCCCCAGGGCAGCCUGGCCAGUCCGAAGAUGUUUGGGCUGAGGAACGCCCGGAGGACCCUUGGGGUGAAGAUGAGUUCAACGACCCGUGGAAUGAUGGAGGAUCAGAUGAAGGAGGCGGCGGCGACGACUUUGAUUGGUUCUAA